UAAGUCGUAUUGAUUAAUCGUAUACAAAUUUUUUGUAUCUUAAGUUACAAAUGUUCAGAAUUAAUAUUUUUUUCUUUUUUUUUCACUCGAACACGUCUAUCUUAUGAAAAUUAAAUGAACUCAACUGAGUUAAUAGUCGCAUUUUACAGGUGCAAAAUAUCUUUCUAUCUUAAAUAAUUAAUGCAAGCAUUGGCUUGUGAAGUAGAAAUAAGAGAAUAAAAUAGGAAAUAAUUUUUCCAACUGACAUUAUAUAUAUUCAACAGUUUUGUACCCAAGUGAGUGACGUUAAAUGGAUUAGUAAUUGUAGCUCUCAUUGUAGAUGUCAAUCUUCUUUUCAUAUUUUAUUAUUUUCACCAACAAUUUACUUCCUCUCAAAGAAAUUGAUACUUACAAAAAUGAUACUCUAUAAACUUUAAUUUUUAGAGGAACAAAUUUUUAAAUUGUUUUUAAGUUGAAAAAAGUGUUAUGCCAAAAAUUUAAUAGAUAAAAAGUAAAAUUAAAGUUGAAAACUAAUAUUGAAAAAUAAAUGACAAAUUAUUUGAUAAAAUAAAAAAUUUUAUCUAUUAAAAAUGACAGAGAAAUUCGAGAAUUAUAUUUAUAUUAAUAAAAUGUAUUUAACUCUUCUUGGAAUAUGGCCGCUGCAUGAUAAAGCAUCAUACUUGCGUCUCACGAUUCAUAAAUUUCAUCCUGUAACAAUUAUAAUGUCAAUCGCGAUAUUUUUAGUAAUUCCCAUGUUAUUCGAUUUGUACAUGGUUUGGGGUGAUUUUAAUGCAGUUGUUCAAAAUUUGUGUCUCACUGUUCAUUCUGUAAAUACGCUUAUAAAAUUUAGUCACAUAGUUACCAAGAAGAAAUUAAUUAAGAAUAUGGUGUUGACAAUGCAACACAAUUGGGAUAUUUCUGUAUCUUCGAAUAUGUCAGAAGAUGAAAAAAAUAUUCUGUUCUAUUAUGCUCGAUUUGCGUUGUAUAUUACUAAAGGAUUUAUCGUUUCAGUUUAUUUCUUUCUUAUUUUAAUGUACUGUUUACCUUUUAUUUAUGGCAUCGAUAGCGAUCCAGCUCGUAACAAACGAUAUCCAUUUUGCUGCUUCUAUUAUUGGGAUGAAAAAUCAAAUGUUAUUUACGCUAUUGCUUAUUUUACACAGGUAUUUCUUGGGCUGAUUAUGGGGAUUAGUUUUCCCUUAGGGAUGGAUAGUUUUUGUUGCACGGCAAUAUAUCAUACAUGUGCACAAUUAAGUAUACUUCAAACCCAAUUAUUGAAAGUAGGAACUGAAUCUAAUAUUUCAAAAAUAGUAGUGAAGAAUCUUGUUUUAAAACACAAAUUUCAAGUUAGAACUAUUGAGAUGUUAAAUAAUAUUUUCAGUAAAUUGUGUUUAAUUCAACUACUGACUAGUUGCAUAACUGUUUGCUUCAUUGGAUUCCAAUUUAUUAUUAUUGUAAGUAGCAGUCAUGUAGAUUUAAAUGGCGCCUUCUUUUAUGCAGGUUUUCUCCUUGCCAAUUUGUUUCAAGUUCUUUUAUAUUGUUGGCCAAGCGAUGAAUUAAUGGAUCAGAGUUAUCAAAUCGGAAUGUCUGCCUAUCAAUCAUUGUGGACAAAUUUAAUUCCUACUAAUGCAAAAUUACUCUCACUACUGAUAUUAAGAGCUCAAAAGCGUCUUGUACUUUCUGCUGGAGGAUUAUAUGAUAUGAAUUUGCAAAAUUUCACUGGGGAAUUGUUGUGGACAAUGGAAAAUAAUUUUAAUAGAUGCUUGUUAACUUCAACAUUGAAUAAGCAGAAAAUUAUUCUUCUUGAUCAUGCUAAUUUUGCACGUACAGUUACCAGAUAUUUCCUUCUGAGUGUAUAUUAUUUUGAAACUUUAUUAUUUUUAGUACCAUUUAUUUAUGGAAUAGACACUGAUCCUGUUCGUCAUAAACGUUAUCCAUAUUGUUCUUGGUAUUAUUAUGACCAAUAUUCGAAUGUUGUUUACGCACUUUGUUACGGAAUUCAGGCAUUUAUUGGGAUUUGUCUUGGCGUGAGUUUUUUAGCUGGAAUGGAUAGUUUCAUUUUCGUGGCCAUUUGGCAUUCUUGCGCUCAAUUGAGUAUUCUUCAAAUGAAACUUUUGAAACUUGGUGAUGCUUCCUUACUUACAUCAGAAACAAUAGAAGAUAUUGUUCACAGUCAUAAUAGCCAGAUCAGACUCGUUCUUAUAUUAAACCAGUUAUUCAGUAAACUAUGCUUAUAUCAACUUAUGACAAGUGGUUUUGUCAUUUGCUUUUCUGGAUUUCAAUUAAUUGUGUCUUUAAAUAGUGAAGACUCGGAUUAUAGGGGAACUGUUUUGUACUCCGGCUAUUUGGUCGUUAAUUUAUUUCAAAUUCUAUUAUACUGUUGGCCAAGCAAUGAAUUAAUGGAAAAGAGUUUUGGAGUUGGACAUGCUGCCUAUCAAUCAUUGUGGACCAAUUUACGUCAUAAUUCUUCGAAGGCGGUUAUUUUAAUGAUAUUGAGAGCUCAAAAUCCUCUUAUCAUUAGCGCAGGAGGAAUGUACGACAUGACAUUGCAAAAUUUUACACGAAUUGUUAAAGCAUCCAUGUCAUUUUUGUCUCUCUUGAGAGCUAUGAUGACAAGUCAUUAAUAUUCAGAAACAAUUUAGAAUUGAUAAUGUUCUGUUUUUUUUUUUUUUUGAGAACAUAAUUUAAUAACAUUUAAACUAAUAAUAAGAAUUGUAACUUUUGAUAGUUAAAAUAAAUCAGAAAUGAAUACUUAUAU